CAGACAAAAGUGCAGAAAGCCACAAGCUGAGCUUUAAGAGGCAGCCGACAAGUGCUCGAGAAGCCCAAUAAGAAGACAGUAAGACAUUUUCUGCAGAGACUUCCUCCACCAAGGAUAUAAUUCGGAAGCCUCAAACAGGGCAAUGGAUUAUCAGUCAAGCAUCAUACGGGACUCUAACCCCAUGGAGAAUCUGGAGAAGCAGUUGAUCUGCCCCAUCUGCCUGGAGAUGUUCACCAAACCUGUGGUGAUCCUUCCUUGCCAGCACAACCUCUGCAGGAAAUGUGCCAAUGACAUCUUUCAGGCUGCGAACCCCUACUGGCAAACAUCCCGUGGAACAACCAUCUCGGGGGGCAGGUUCCGCUGCCCUUCCUGCCGCCACGAAGUCAUCCUGGACCGUCACGGCGUCUACGGCCUCCAGAGGAACCUCCUGGUGGAGAACAUCAUUGACAUCUACAAGCAGGAAUAUACCAGCCGACCCCUGAAGAAGGGCAACCACCCAAUGUGCAAAGAUCACGAGGACGAGAAGAUCAACAUCUAUUGCUUAACCUGUGAGGUGCCCACCUGCUCCAUGUGCAAAGUCUUUGGGGCUCACAAAGACUGCGAAGUUGCGCCCCUCCAAAGCGUCUUCCAGGGACAAAAGACAGAGCUGAGCAACUGUAUCUCAAUGCUGGUGGCAGGGAACGACAGAAUCCAGACCAUCAUCAACCAGCUGGAGGAGUCCUGCAAAACCACGGAGGAGAACGGCAGUCAGGUCAAGCAGUCUUUGCAUGAGAAGUUCGAAGCUCUCAUUGCCAUCUUGCAGGAGAAGAGGAACGAGCUGUUGGAGCGUGUCACCAAGGAGCAAGAAGAGAAGGUUGGCUUCAUGAAGAACCUCAUCCACCAAUACAAGGAUCAGCUGGAGAAGUCUUCCAAACUGGUGGAGUCCGCCAUUCAGUCCAUGGAGGAGGAAGGAGGGGCUGAUUUCCUCCUGAGUGCAAAGCAGCUCAUUAAAACAAUUGUGGAUGCAUCAAAGGGGGCUCAAUUGGAGAAGAUCGAGUCAGGCUUUGAAAACAUGGACUAUUUCACUUUAGACACAGAGAGUGCCAUAGAAAUCUUGAGAAGCCUUGACUUUGAACCAGAUGAAGAAAGUGAAGAGGUGAAUGAGGAAGGAGAAGAAACAGAAGAGGAAGAACCUCAAGAUGGAACAGUAGACAAUCCUCAGUAACAGAGCCAGGAGUCACGAAUUCCAAGGAUGGAAAAGAAACUGUCUAUACAGAGAUUACCAGGAAGAUUUUGGGAAAGAUGCAGGACGGGGAAGGGGAAACCCAAAGGAAAUGCCCAUGAAGCAAGAGCGGAGGAGAAGGGCAAAGGCCAGCCGGAGAAGAGCCAUUGGGGAAGGGGAAUUCUUGGCAAUUCAGAGUGGAAAACAGGCACAGAGACACUUUUCUACACGGGUGCAAAACAGAACUUUCGUACAUUUUUAUAUGUUGUGUGUGUUUUUUGUACAUAAUUGCCAAGGCACUUGAUUAUUUUAAAAGAAAUGCUCUUUUCCUUUCUUUUCUUUCUGUUUUCCCCUUUUUUAAGAGAACUCUUCCACAGAUGGAGGGGCGUUGAGUGUGGGAAUGAGUUCGAGCAUUUCUUUGCACUGAGUAGAAUAGAAGAUGAUAGGAAAGAACUUUAGUGACUAGGCAUUGUGGGAGCUGAAGUCCAAAACACCCAGAGGGCCAAAGUUUGCCCAUGCCUGUGGUAGACUGUAGCAAACAAAGCAAAACACUCAUUUUAGUUCAGUUAGUGAUCUAAAAAGGGAGGUUUGAGGGAGAAUAUUCUCCGCUUCGGUGCCUGUAGUUGAAUUUGAAAGUUGCAUGUUGAUUUCCCCCCCUUUUUGGUUGUAUAUAGCUACACAAUAAAAACAAAUUCCAGUUUUAA